UUAUUAUCACACGCAGCCCAAAGUAGUGUCAUUUGUGUGUUGACCGGCUGCCAGUUGUGAGAUGGCUGCUCCUGCGUCCAGUGUCGUCGUCUUAGACAGAGGAAAUAACACAACUUGCACCAUUAAUUUACAUGGUGCUACUGUGGUCUCAUGGAGAGUCAACAAUCAAGAGCAGUUAUUCGUCAGCAAAUUGGCAGUAUUUGAUGGGCAAAAAUCUAUUAGAGGCGGCAUUCCAAUAGUUUUUCCUCAUUUUGGACCUUGGGCAUAUGGACCACAACACGGUUUUGCUAGGACUUGUAGGUGGGAAGUCGAAAAACACCCGGAACCAUUAGAAAAUGGUGACAUCGAAGCUAUGUUUUCGUUAGUGGAUUCUCCAGUUACUAAGCAGAUAUGGAAUUAUUGUUUCAAAUUGGUGCUGCGGAUCAUAUUAAGGGAGAAAGAAUUACAAGUCAGUUUUAAUUUGUAUAAUUCUUCUUCAGAACCAUUUCAAUUCAACAUGCUAUUUCACACGUAUCUUAAAGUACCGGACGUUAGAAAAUGCUCUAUAUCCGGUCUUCAAGGGUGCAUGUUCGUGGAUAAAACCAAAGAAAACGCUAUUUAUCAAGAACCUAGAGAAAUGGUUACUGUUAACCAUUGGACCGACAGAAUCUACCAAACCACACAACAAGAGCACAUUAUUUCCAACGUGGUUUCCGGUAGAAAAAUGAAAAUGGUCAAAUACAAUAUGCCUGAUACAGUUGUUUGGAAUCCAUGGGAUGUCACCUCAAACACAAUGAGUGAUUUUGGUGAAGAUGAAUACCCAAACAUGGUGUGUGUUGAAGCCGGAAUUGUUAUAACUCCAAUAACUCUAAAUCCUAAUAACACGUACGAAGGCACAAUGGUGUUGCAAGUCAUGUGAGUAGAGUCGGGAGCUGCCGUUGGCGGGGCGAGAUCGAAAUCACGUGCUGUGAAUGCACGCCAACGCUGCUCGCCUCUAGCCGCAGACAUUACCAGAAACACCGGCAGCUCCUAUUUUCCGUCACAGACUUCACACAUGCCUACAGUAUUUAACAGACAACCAACAGUAAACCAUGGUUGGUUCUCAUCCAUGAUGACAACUUCUGAAUUUUUUGGACCGCAGCGUUAUCCAAACGAUAGUCCGGUAGCGCCCGUCCAUCAUAAUUCUACAUGCAGUCAGCAUUCCUCGUGCACUAUAUGCUCACUUAACUUGUAAUAAUAAAAAUUGGUAUUAUUAUAAUAAUUUUAUAUAUCAAAGUAAUAAGUAUUGUUAGAGCCAAAAAGUAACUUAAAUCAUUAGUAAUACAUUGUUUUGUACGAAUAAUGAAACAAAACCAAUGUAACUUAAUGUUAGUCAUAUUUAUUACUUGUAUUAAACAUUUCAGUAUUUCCUCAAAUCGAUAAACUGCUUAUUUUAAAUUUAUAAAUCAAUGGAAUGUGUGUAUUAUUGCAAUAAUUAUCGGCAAACCCAUUAUUAAGUUAAUUUUUUACAAUGUUUAUUCUAUCAAAUAUG